CGAAGUAAAAACAUCUCGGCGAGUAAUGGAGUAUAUAUCUUUUUAAUAAAGAGACGGUAAAGAGGUUUGAUAAUUUACCAACCUCGUCGGCCGGGUUCUUUGUGGUUCCAUGAUCCCUCUUGCUCCCACAUAAACACUGGGAAAGAGAGAGGACGACCGAAGCCUUCGAAGGCGCGGAAUACACAUCUCUCAAGCUUUCAUUUAUUGAGAUCGAAGCGACCCCGCCAGGUGGUUUAAGUUAUCUUUGAUAUGGCAGAAACUGCAUCUUCACCUACUCCUCGUUUUGCUCCCGAUGAUCCCUCUCUCCCUAAACCUUGGAGAGGCCUUGUUGAUGGUAAGACUGGGUAUCUUUACUAUUGGAAUCCUGAGACUAAUGUUACUCAGUAUGAUAAGCCUGGUUAUAUAAGCUCUUCUGUUCAAAAGUCUUCCCAAGGGCCCCACAGAGACAGUGAUGAUGAUAGAUAUAGCAGAGGUUACCGUGCCUCAAGUAAGGGCUCUGGUAGGGAGGACUCUAAGACAGAAAGAAACAACUCUGACCAUUAUCGCGGCGUUUCGGACACCACAUUAGGUGCAAAUGGUGCAUCUGUUUAUAAAGAUAGGUCCUCAAGCAUGGGAAGAGAGUUAUCUCCAGAUUCUCAUCGCCGUCGGCAUGAAGUAUCCGUAACUACAGAAAGAAACAACUCUGACCAUUAUCGUGGCAUUUCAGACACCACAUUAGGUGCAAAUGGUGCAUCUGUUUAUAAAGAUAGGUCCUCAAGUGUCGGAAGAGAGUUGUCUCCAGAUUCUUAUCGCCGUCGGCAUGAAGUAUCCGUAACUGGAGAUUAUGUGCCUCCACCAUUCACCUCAUUCAGCUCAACUGGGUUUCCAUCAGAGAUUUUGAGAGAGGUAUUCAAGAAGUCAUUCUGUUCUCUUUAAAUCCUGGUGACAUGUGCUCUCACCAAAGCCAAGGAUCUGAGAAUGUCAUGUUCCUCUGAAAUUUUGCGGCUUCCGGAAGUCCAUCUCAAACUUUAGCACUCAAAAUUAGUUUAUUGCCUAUUGAAGUUUGUCGCAGGUGCGAUAUUUGCUCCUGGGGAGGAGCUAAAUGUCGUACGCUGCUUCUUUUGGAGGCUUUCAUGACUUCGGAGUGCCCUUAAUCCGAGGACCAAUUUUCGUGAAGGGCUUUUGUGUCAUCCAUGUUCGUGGCCAGGACUGCUGUUGGUGAUAUGAUUCAGUUUUGCCACGUGGUCCGAAUGGAAGAAGAGGCGUCCUCCUGCUUUUAGCUUGCCUAUGUACAUCAAGCCGGGUUUUCAACUCCUACACCGAUACAGGCACAGUCAUGGCCUAUUGUUCUUCAUGGCCGAGAUAUUGUAGCUAUUGCGAAGACUGGCUCAGGAAAAACCUUGGGCUACUUGAUUCCUGGCUUUAUACAUCUAAAAGAGCAUCGUAAGAAUCCUAGAUUAGGUCCCACUGUCUUGGUUUUGUCACCAACAAGGGAGUUAGCAACACAGAUACAAGACGAAGCUGUGAAGUUCAGUAAAUCUUACCAGAUAUCUUGCACGUGCCUAUAUGGAGGCGCACCAAAGGGUCCACAAUUGAGGGAUAUAGAUAGAGGAGUAGAUAUUGUGGUUGCCACACCUGGACGGUUAAAUGACAUCCUGGAAAUGCGAAGAAUUAGCCUUCACCAAGUUUCCUACUUGGUGUUAGAUGAAGCAGACCGUAUGUUAGACAUGGGCUUUGAACCUCAGAUAAGGAAGAUUGUGAAGGAGGUGCCUGCUCGCCGACAGACUAUUAUGUUCACUGCAACAUGGCCAAAGGAGGUCCGCAAAAUAGCUGCUGAUCUGCUGCUCAAUCCUGUCCAAGUCAACAUUGGUAAUGUUGAUGAGCUCGUAGCAAACAAAUCCAUAACACAGUAUGUUGAAGUGUUGUCACAAACGGAGAAGACUAGGAGGCUAGAACAUAUAUUGAGAUCCCAAGAACCCGGAUCGAAAGUGAUAAUUUUUUGCUCAACAAAGAAGAUGUGCAAUGCGCUUUCUGGUAACCUUGCUCGCCAAUUUGGGGCAGCAGCUAUUCAUGGUGACAAAUCUCAGGGUGAGAGAGAUUACGUGUUAAGUCAGUUUCGCACUGGUAGGACUCCAAUUCUCGUGGCAACUGACGUUGCUGCUCGCGGCUUGGACAUCAAAGAUAUCAGGGUCGUAAUUAAUUAUGACUUCCCUACCGGAAUAGAGGAUUACGUGCACAGGAUAGGAAGAACAGGACGGGCAGGUGCAACAGGUGUUGCUUACACAUUUUUUACUGAGCAGGAUGGAAAGCACACAUCGGAUCUCAUUAAGGUCUUAGAAGGUGCUAACCAACGCGUUCCUGUUGAACUACGAGAUAUUGGUUCACGUAGUGGUGGGAUGGGAAGGGGUAGGCGUCAAUGGGGUUCUGGCCCCGCUGGGCGUGAUGGAGGGCAUAUACGUUAUGAUUCUGGUAAUGGUGCAAGGGGAACUUUGGCUAUGUCCUCAUCAAGUAGAGGCGGAGGCCGUGGAGUUGAUCGCGAUUCAAGCUACAGGCAUGGCCGCACUCAUGACAGCAAUGGCUUUGGUAAUUACCAAAAUCCGCGGAGCCUAAUAAAUGGUGCACACAAUUCAGACAGGCAUGGCCGUAGCAGGAGUAGGAGCCCUGUUAGGGGGGCUGCUUCUGGGUGGGGUGGCAGUGACAGUAGGAGUAGGGCUCGCAGCCGGAGCAUUGAUAGGUUCAGCAGGUCCACUACUCGUGAUGUUGGACGGAAUUUCCGCGAGGCAGCCCCUGUCACAACACGAGCAGGAGCAUCCUUGGUGCCUUCUGCAAAGCAGAGACCGCCACCAACUUACGAUUAUGGACCUAGGGAGAGUAACAGAAGAUCAUAUGACUACAACAGCAACCAAAAGCAUUGGGAAAGAUCUUCUCCUGCACCCAAGGAGCAGCGUAGCGGGAAGUAUGAAUCUCAAAAUAGUGGGGAUGAAGAGGAAGGCAUCUUUCACCCUCCUAAGGAAAAGAGCAAUUACUAAGAACCCACUGAAUAGUGAAGGAGGGAACUGACAAACUGUUGCGUUAUGCUCUUUCCUUUGCUACUGUUUCACUUGGAUGUUGUAGUUUAUUUUGGCAGUAGGAGACUGGCUAGGUAGAGGUGUAAAAGGACAUUGGGAAUGCUGCUUGCAAUGUUUAGUGUAAUAGGGGACAAUAUGUGGACUUAUAGAUUGAUCAAGUGUAUUGUAAGACUACUGAUAUAGAGACGUAUUAUUGACACAUAACAUUGAAUUGGAAAUGUUUUUUACUACCCUUU